AUGGCGUCGCCCCUUCUCCUCCUCCUCGUGUCCGUCGCCCUUCUGCCUUCCCCCGCGCAUUGCCAAUACUCGACAAUAGGCCUCCCGGUAGCGAUAGUAGCCGGCGGCGUGUACGAUCCUCUCUCAGGCGACACGACGUCCCAGGUAUGGGAGAUUAAUCUCCGUACGCGUCGCGAGAUAGGCUAUUCCAGCAAACCCGACAGCAACGCUAACGCGCAGCUCACUUCCUGUGGCGUCGCGACCGACGGCACGGCCUAUAUAUCUUCAGGCGGCUCGUACCUAAACGUGAUUAACUACACACUAGACGGCGCGGUGCCGCUACCGCCCGUGGCUCUUCCAGGCGGGUUCUCAGGAACGGUUGUUGCGCUUGGGGGACCUUCCGAGAAUCUUCUGGUUGUAGCGGACGGAUCGGAAACAGCUGCGGGUGCGGUUUCAGUAAACCGCGCGACGGGCUCGUCGCGCCAGCUCGUCGGACCGGGUUACCAGUGUCUUUCCGCUUCGUUCUGCUCUUCGCCAGCCGCCUCCCCGUCGGAUUUCCUCGUUCUGACCUGCCACGUCACAGCUGACGAUUCUGACGUGGUGGUGAUUGUGCCGAUAGAUCCGACGACAGGAAAUUUCCAAGCCAGCUCGGCGAUUAAGAUGUUCUCCGCGUCGUACGCGGCGCGACAGGCCGUCUGUUCCCCCGGCGGCGGCUUCUUAGCCGUCCUCCGGUACGACACGAACAUUCUCUACACGUACGCGCUUCCGCUCGCGGGAACCACGCUCCCGCCGCCGCUAUCGACGACGGUGCUGACGACAGGCACGCCCGGAUCGCUUGGAGUGGAUCCACAGAAUAAAAACUUGCUGGUUACGAGCGCCGCGAACUACGGCGGCACGUCUACGCUUAUGGCGUCUCGAGGCGCAACCUUUUUGGGGACUAUGGACGCGAUUGGCUACACGGAGGCGGGGGGGUGCGCCUCUGCGGCGUACUUAGGCUCCUUUCAAUACUCCACCGCCGCAUACGAUGGCGGGGUGCUCGCGGUGUAUCCCAGCAGCCCAGCGCUGGCGCUACUCGCGCUUCCCGAAGGCGUGUACGCGAUGGCGCUCGCAGCGGACGGCGCGAUUGAGACCGACACGACGGGAUUUGUGCCGCUUGGGGGCACCGAGUCGGGUUCCAGCUUUUUCUCCAGCGCGGUUUGCGUUCAGAAAUUCGUCGCGAAUCUCCCGCCGCCGUCGCCGCCGCCGCCGUCCCCGCCUCCCCCCAGGCCUCCCCCACCGCGCCCUCCUCCGUCCCCGCCGCCGCCGCCUAAUCCGCCCAGCCCGCCGAAGCCGCCGCCUCCGUCUCCCCCGCCAAAGCCGCCGCCAAGCCCGCCUCCUCCGCCGAAGCCGCCUUCCCCGCCGCCACCGCCCAAGCCGCCCAGUCCGCCGCCUAAACCGCCUUCCCCGCCGCCGCCAUCUCCGCCGCCGAAGCCGCCGCCAAGUCCGCCCAAACCACCUCCCCCGCGGCCCCCCCCUCCGCCUAGUCCCCCGUCUCCCCCUGCCACCACUGGAAUGGUCACAGAUCAAUCCGCCACCACCGUCACCACCACCACUUCUUCCCCGCCCCCUCCGCUCGUCUCUUCCCCGCCCCCAGCUGUCGCGUCACCCCCUCCGCUCGUCUCUUCCCCGCCUCCAGCUGUCGCGUCGCCCCCUCCGCUCGUCGCUUCCCCGCCUCCACUUGUCGCGUCGCCCCCUCCGCUCGUCGCUUCCCCGCCUCCACUUGUCGCGUCGCCCCCUCCGCUCGUCGCUUCCCCGCCUCCACUUGUCGCGUCGCCCCCUCCGCUCGUCGCUUCCCCGCCUCCACUUGUCGCGUCGCCCCCUCCGCUCGUCGCUUCCCCGCCUCCACUUGUCGCGUCGCCCCCUCCGGUCGUCGCAUCCCCGCCUCCACUCGUCGCGUCGCCCCCUCCGCUCGUCGCUUCCCCUCCUCCACUCGUCGCUUCCCCCCCUCCGCUCGUCGCUUCCCCGCCUCCACUUGUUGCGUCGCCCCCUCUGCGCGUCGCUUCCCCGCCUCCACUUGUCGCCUCUCCGCCUCCCCCUGUGCAUUCUCCGCCACCCCCUGUGGAUUCCCCCCCUCCCCCGUUGCCCCCGCUUGGGCUAGCGGUCUCUAGCACUCUCUCCCCGCCUCCGCCAGUAGUCGAAUUCGUUAUAAGCAGCCCGCCUCCUCCUGCUCAAUCCGAUGCAAGCAGGACGCAUCCUCCAACCGCUGAUCUCGUUAUAAGCAGCCCGCCUCCACCUGCUGCCGUAACCGUCGUGUAUAGCCCGCCUCCACCUGUCGCUGUACCCGUUAUAACAAGCCCACCUCCUCCUGUCGCUGUACCCGUUAUAAUAAGCCCGCCUCCACCAGUCGCAGCAUCCGUUACAAACAGCCCGCCUCCACCAGCCGUCGUUCCCGUUACAGCCAGCCCGCCGCCACCCGUCCUCCCUUCCGCGUCCGGCGUUCUCUCCCCGCCAGGCGCUAAAGAAGCUUCCGCGGACCUUUCCGUUGGAGCCGACCCAGAUCCUUCCGCUACUGCCCGUUCGCCACCGCCGCCCGCAGUUGACGCCUCUCCGCCCCCCCCCAGUCCGCCUCCCCCGCGCCCACCUCCCCCUAAGAAAGCCCCUGUUAAGAAGCCCAAGAAAAAGCCGCCCAAGAAGAAAAAGUCAAUGUCCAAGAGUGGGAACGGAGGUGGAGGGGCGACCGCAUCCUCGCUAUCAGCUGAUGUGUUUGGCGCAUCAGGCGCCGCGACGUGCAAGCUAGGCGUGCGGCAGAAGUGCCUGACGCGGCUCGUGUGCCAAGACGCGCUGGACGUGGGAGGGUGCUCGUGCCUUCGCGAGGCUGGUUUGCCGUCGUGCACGAUCACCCGCAAGUGCAUGGUGCCAGCAGCAUGCCCCGUGGAAGCGCUCUGCACAGCUCCCGCUGACGGCUCGGCCUCGACCUGCUCCUGUCCGGCGGGCUUUGCGCCACUCAAGGCAGCAGCAGAGGACUCUGUGUUUGACUUCUGCGCUCGCACCCGCUGCAGCAGCUCGCUUGCGUUCAUUGGAUUCGACUGUGGGCCUCCAAGCUCCGCGGUUUGA